AUGAUAAUCCAUUAUCCCAAUCCCCGGAUUUUUGUGAUGCAAGAUUUCUACACGCGUGAUUUUUUGUCUAAUAAGAGUCCAUCCGACAUAAGCUGGAUAGGGAGCUUUCAACUCUUCAUGCAGUAUGCUCCGGGCAUCUUUGUGGGGCGUGCAUUUGAUGCAGGAUACUUUCGUCUCAUGCUAGCUUUAGGUUCAUUACUUGAAGUUUUCUCAUUGCUCCUGCUGUCUCUGGCACAUAAAGGACAAUAUUAUCAAGUAUUUCUCGCACAGGCUGUCGGAUUAGGGCUUGGACAAGGUCUACUGUUCAUUCCUUCCCUGGCGAUCAUCCCACGAUAUUUUAGGAAACGUAGAGCGUUUGCUACCGGUAUCGCUGUCACGGGCGCUUCCGUGGGCGGUAUCAUUUGGCCUAUCCUUCUCAAUCAACUAAGUCGAAAGACUUCAUUCGCAAAUGCAAUUCGAGUCACAGGUGGCCUGGCCGGUGCUAUGCUUUGCUGCGCGAAUCUGCUUAUGAAACCAGAACCUUUACUCAAUCAAUUAUCAACUUCGAUUGCCAGGACGCCUUCAUCAGCCCGUUAA